GAGCGCACAGACAGCCCACCACCACCUGUAGGUCAUGCGCUUGUGUCGCAGCAGCGCAGAUUUAUUGGUAUUCUUAAAGCGUAGCGACAAAGUGAGGACGCAAACAUGAGCGAUCUAUGCACCGGACGCAUUUGUUCAUUUCUGGACAUACGUGUAUCUUUCUUUUACCAGACAUCUGCGGUAUGAGUUCGAGGAAAUGCCUAUACGGAUUGCAUGCUGAAGGCGAUGCUGGGGGGCGAAAAUGGUGGCGAGUUAAGUUCGCGUUAAAUCUGACUGGGAACUUUGCGCACCACUAAUGUGACUGGAAGUUGAUGGGAUUUUAACAUUUUGAGCAACUUCAAGGAAGAUAUGAGUGUUCUCCUCCCUGCUCUCAGCUCUGUCCUGCUCCUGUUCUGCUGCCACAUCUGCCUUAGCCAAGCAAACCGGCCUGCUGCUCCUGUCAAUGUCUCUGUCACUCAUCUGAGAGCAAACUCAGCCACCGUAUCCUGGAAUGUCCCAGAGGGGGAGGCUGUAAUUGGCUAUGCCAUCUCCCAGCAGAGACAAGAUGGUCUCAUGCAGCGGUUCAUCAGGGAAAUUAACACCACAAGUCAUGCUUGUGUGCUAUGGGACCUAGAUGAGAACACAGACUAUAUUAUUCAGGUGCAGUCUAUCGGACUACAUGGGGAGAGCCAAGCCAGCAAGAGGGUUCAUUUUCGAACCCUUGAAAAAUCAGACCAUUUCCAGUCUAACAUGGUGGCUCAAGGUGACCCCUCAGUAGAAGGUCUUGAUAUUUCCAGGCACCUUCAGACUGGCGAGAUGUUAAUCAUUACGACUGUGCUCCUAAUGUGGGCAGCGGUGAUUGCACUCUUCUGUAGGCAGUACGAGAUCAUCAAAGACAAUGACUCGAACAACCACAGUAAGGAGAAGACCAAACCCCUUUCUGUGCACAGUACUCCUGAUUACCAUAAUGGAGGGCUUCUAGGGAACAAGAGGACACCAUCAGCAGUUAGCAUUAUUAAGGUCUGACCAGCACAUCAAUGCAGAAAAGUGGUUGCUAGAGGGAUCCUCUAACUCAUCGUUCAAUAGUAAUAAAAAUCCAGCUUUGUGUAAUACGCUGUAUUUCUGUACUACAUUACAGUGUGAAAUAACUGGUAGGAUAAUGUCAAUGUAGGGGCAGAGCAAUAGAAGAAGAUCAAUACAAAUUAAAGAUCAGGUUCAGUUUGUUUAAUCAAAAUGGGACUAAACUGCAUUAUUAUUGACCAGGUUUAUCUUAUCAGCGAAGGUGGCAUAACACAAUCAGUGUCAUGUCCCCAAAUAAAUAUCAAAUACUGAAAUCUGUUCAUAAUGAACAAAUAUAAAAUGGCUUUACUUCUACUACCUAUCCUCUAUGCAUAUGAAAGUGUGAAACCUGCAGUUAAUAGUUUAAUAACAUUAAUAGCGCAGAAAUGAACUUAUUUCCAUAGCAUCCUGAAUAUGUUAAAAUAUUAUCAAUUUUUAUUUUAUUUUAUUAAUUUCUCAGAUAAUAUCUACUACUUGAAAUAUGACACACAUUAUUAAAAGCUGCUACUGCAAUCACCAGUUUUAUAAACACAACUUAAUCUCAGUCUUGUAGAUAACCUUCAUUUUGAAAGAAAAAAAAAAAAAACCUGGACUAGUGUAAAUCUAGAAAGCCCACCUCUAAAUGUUUAGCUGCAGUGAAAAAUUGUAUUUCUAUUUCUGUGGGUGGUAGUGUGCGACUAUAGACCUACGUUAUAUAACGAAAUGUAUAAUGAAUUGGACAGUUGUAAUGUAAUGAGUUAAAGAUGUAUAUAGACAGCACAUUAGAGAUAUUGUUUUGACUCUAUAUGAUUUGUCAGUUAUAAAAUAAUAGUAUAUGUGGCGUUUUGAAAUGAUAUUGAUAGAGGAAUAUAGUACAAUCAUAUGUAAAUUGUUACAGUAGGAUACUAAGUCAGGUUCCUUUCAUGUUCCCUAUAUCAUACAGUAUUAUCAUACAGAAGAGAAUUCCAUCAAUUGUUGCCAUAAAUUUUGUUGCAGUUUACCACAAUUGUCUUUUUUAGUUGCAUAGAAGCUGUUAUUACUGCAAAUGUGUGACAUUUGGAUUUCAUACAAAUCAACCUACUAACUCUGAACCCUGCUUGCCUGUUUGGCUGUACUCUGAAAUAAAAUACAGAUGUCUUAUGGUA